AUGGAUGCAAAGGAUCAUGUUUUAGUGGGAUAUUACUUCUUUGAUAAGAAGCCUCUAAUUAUCAAACAGUGGCAUUCAGAUAUGGACUUUGAGAAAGAUGACCUCAAAACUGUUCCAAUUUGGGUACAGUUGAAAUUGAACUUGAAACAUUGGGGACAGAAGUCACUGCACAAGAUAGCUGCACAGAUUGGAGAUCCCAUUAAGCGAGAUGAAGCCACUAGAAACCGUGACAAACUGCAAUUUGCACGUAUCUUAAUUGAGGUUAAGAUAGAACACCAUUUACCUAAGAGUGUUCAUUUUUGCAAUGAGAAAGGGGAGCUUACAGAGGUACCUAUAACAUUUGAAUGGCUUCCUAAGCAUUGUGUAAAUUGCAAAGGAUUUGGUCACAAUGUGUCUGAAUGUAGACUGAAAAAGGUGAAGCAGGUCUGGCAGCCAAAGGAAAGAGGUCUAGUUACAAAUGUUGAGCAGCUAGUGACUGAAACCACACCACCAACAGAGAAAGUAGAUCAGGUGGAGAUGGAUCCGGAUGGAUUCCAAAGAGCCUUGAAGCCUAUUAAAGUUAGGAGUUCUGUAAGUGCAGCUACUAGCAUACAUAACCCAUUCCAAGCUUUAAUAGAAGAAGAAAGUGGAAUGGUAAAUGUGAAGAAUGCAGAGACUUGCUUUACAUCAAAUUCAUCUUUGAUUGAUAAAGGUAGAAUUAUCAUAGCAUGGAAAGCUACUAGUUUCCAUCUGAACAUUUGUCAAUGUUCAGAGCAAUAUAUACAUUACUUUUCAAAACUUGUGAAUGCAGAUAAGGGGUUCUAUGUGAUCUUCAUAUAUGCUUAUAAUGAAAGAAACAGGAGAUUGCAGUUAUGGGAGGCUUUGAAGAAGUUAAACAUAACUGAGCCAUGGUUGUUAUGUGGUGACUUUAAUAGCAUAAUGAGCACUGAAGAAAGGAUAGGGGCACCAGUUAGAGAAGUAGAGAUGGUGGAUCUUGCAGAUUGUAUGUUGACUUGUGGUUUGCAGGAUAUCAAAGCUUCAGGAAACUUCUAUACUUGGACAAACAAGCAAGAAGUUGCUGAUAUCCAAGCAUAUAAGCUCAUGAUGAGUGCUCAGCAGCAACUACAUGUUGAUCCUAGAAAUAUGGGCUAUAUUGAAGAAGAGCUUCUGGCAACUCAAGAUUACAAGGUGAUGAAGCAUAAAGCUUAUGUGGAAUUUUUGGCACAGAAAGCAAAAACAAGCUGGAUUAAGGAAGGUGAUGAGAAUACUUCCUUAUUCCAUCAGAGCAUCAAAGCUAGAAAGAUGCAAAACAUGGUUUAUAGCAUUUAUGAUGAAAAAGGAGUCUGGUGUGAUAAUCUAGAGUCAGCUUCUCAGACUUUCUUAACAUAUUAUCAAGCUUUGCUGGGUGGCAAUGUAUCAUCAAGGAAGGAGGUGCUGCAACAACUAGUUCAAGAGGCCCCAGUUGUUACUUCUGAACACAGAACCAUUCUCACAGCUCCAUAUACUAGGGAAGAAGUGAAGAAGGCUCUUUUUGACAUACCAGGCUCUUAA